GGCUCUGACAUUCUACUGCCUGACCACAUGCAUUAUUUUUGAACUGGCCCCCAGGGUCCUGUCUUUAGCCCUGCUCUUAACUUUUUCUUGGAUUCAGCCUCCGUGGGUUAUUCAUUCUCUCAUCCAGCUCCACGGUCACGUCGGAAUAUUUCCACCACUGCCACUCCUCUGCAAACUGGUUGCCUGGUUCCCUGGGGGCACAUGAUGUCUCUGCCGUUUUAUCAGAAACUUCACCAGCACUAUGACCGCAGCUACAGAAACAAGGACCUUCGCACCACCAUGAGCCAGUACCAGCAGGAAAAGAGAAGCUCUGCCAUCUACACCCACGGCUCCACCGCCUACAGCUCCCGCUCCUCCGCUGCCCACCGCCAGGAGUCUGAGGCCUUCAGCCAGGCAUCCACCACCUCUUACCAGCAGCAGGCCUCCCGGGCCUCUGAGUUGGCUCUCUUGUCCUCGGUCAGUCAGAAGGCGGCCUCAGCCUACGAUUACGGCUACUCCCGAGGACGUACAGAUUCCAGUUUGAUGUUAGAAGAUUAUUCAUCCAAGUUGAGCCCCCAAAUAAAAAGAGCCAGGAAGGGCCUUCUCUCUGGAGAAGAGAAAGAAAAUCUUCCAAGUGACUAUAUGGUGCCCAUUUUCUCAGGACGCCAAGUGCAUGUCAGUGGGAUUACAGACACAGAAGAAGAAAGAAUUAAAGAAGCUGCUGCUUAUAUAGCUAAGAGGAAACUCCUUGCUAGUGAAGAAGGAAUCACAGCAGCCAAACAGUCCACAGUAUCCAAACAGUCUACAUCCACACUUCACCAAGAGGAAGCUUUUGAGAAGAAGUCAAGGAAAGUUGCAAUUCGAGAAAAGGCGGAACACCUGGCGCUGAGAAAAACAUUAGAAGAAACUGAGGCAUAUCAUCGAAAGUUGAAUGAAGAUAAUCUUCUCCAUGCUCCUGAAUUUGUCAUUAAGCCUCGUUCCCACACUGUUUGGGAGAAAGAAAAUGUAAAACUACACUGCUCUGUAGCUGGCUGGCCAGAACCUCGUGUCACAUGGUACAAAAACCAGGUGCCAAUAAACGUCCAUGCAAACCCUGGAAAGUAUAUUAUUGAAAGCCGAUAUGGAAUGCACACUCUGGAGAUAAAUGCAUGUGACUUUGAAGACACCGCCCAGUACCGGGCCUCGGCGAUGAAUGUUAAAGGAGAGCUUUCAGCGUAUGCUUCGGUUGUGGUAAAGAGAUAUAAGGGAGAGUUUGACGAGACUCGCUUUCAUGCAGGGGCUUCCACCUUGCCCCUCAGCUUUGCUGUGACCCCUUAUGGUUAUGCAUCCAAGUUUGAGAUCCACUUUGAUGACAAGUUUGAUGUGUCUUUUGGGAGAGAGGGCGAGACGAUGAGUCUAGGCUGCCGUGUAGUUAUCACUCCUGAUAUUAAACAUUUCCAGCCGGAGGUCCAGUGGUACAGAAAUGGAGCACCUGUUUCUCCAUCAAAAUGGGUACAAACACACUGGAGUGGAGAUCGGGCGACACUAACAUUUUCUCAUCUCAACAAAGAAGACGAAGGUCUCUACACAAUCCGUGUACGAAUGGGAGACUAUUAUGAACAAUAUAGUGCUUAUGUCUUUGUUCGAGAUGCUGAUGCGGAGAUUGAAGGAGCCCCAGCCUCUCCCUUGGACGUGGUGUGCUUGGAUGCCAAUAAAGACUACAUCAUCAUCUCUUGGAAACAGCCAGCUGUGGAUGGAGGGAGUCCUAUUCUGGGAUAUUUCAUCGAUAAGUGUGAGGUGGGCACAAAUAACUGGUCGCAGUGCAAUGACACUCCUGUGAAGUUUGCUCGUUUCCCGGUCACUGGAUUGAUAGAAGGUCGUUCUUACAUAUUCCGAGUUCGAGCCGUGAACAAAAAUGGAAUAGGUCUACCCUCUCGAGUUUCUGAGCCCGUGGCUGCCCUGGAUCCAGCUGAGAAAGCUAGACUUAGAAGUCGCCCCUCAGCACCCUGGACUGGACAGAUCAUUGUCACAGAGGAGGAACCGACAGAGGGUAUUGUUCCCGGGCCCCCCACAGACCUCUCUGUCAUCGAGGCCACCCAGAGCUACGUGGUGUUGAGCUGGAAGCCCCCUAAGCAGCGUGGCCACGAGGGUAUCCUGUACUUUAUAGAAAAGUGUGAUGCAGGUGCGGAAAACUGGCAGCGGGUGAACACAGAGCUCCCUGUCAAGUCUCCCCGCUUUGCUCUGUUCGACUUGGCUGAGGGGAAGUCCUACCAGUUCCGAGUCCGCUGUUCUAAUUCCGCGGGAGUGGGUGAGCCCUCAGAGGCAACGGAAGUGACCGUAGUAGGGGACAAACUUGACAUCCCCAAGGCCCCGAGCAACAUCAUCCCAAGCAGAAAUACAGACACAUCAGUGGUCGUUACGUGGGAGGAAUCCAAGGAUGCUAAAGAGCUGGUCGGGUACUACAUAGAGUCAAGCGUUGUUGGCUCUGGCAAGUGGGAGCCCUGCAACAACAACCCUGUGAAGGGCACACGAUUCACUUGUCAUGGAUUGACUACUGGUCAGAGUUAUAUUUUCCGGGUCAGAGCAGUUAAUGCAGCUGGACUUAGUGAAUAUUCGCAGGAUUCAGAAGCAAUCGAAGUAAAAGCUGCUAUUGCGGCACCAUCUCCACCCUGUGAUAUCACUUGUCUUGAAAGUUUUCGUGACUCAAUGGUUCUUGGAUGGAAGCAACCGGAUAAGACGGGAGGGGCUGAAAUUACAGGCUAUUACGUGAACUAUCGUGAAGUAAUUGACGGGGUUCCAGGAAGAUGGAGAGAAGCCAACAUCAAAGCUAUCAGUGAUGAGGCGUAUAAGAUUAGCAACCUGAAGGAAAACAUGGUGUAUCAGUUCCAAGUGGCAGCCAUGAACAUCGCUGGGUUGGGAGAGCCCUCGGCAGUGAGCGCAAGCUUCAAAUGUGAAGAGUGGACCAUUGCUGUUCCAGGACCACCACACAGCCUCAAGUAUAGUGAAGUCAGGAAUACGUCCCUGGUUCUGCAGUGGAAGCCUCCCAUCCACUCAGGACGGACCCCCGUCACUGGCUACUUUGUGGACAUGAAGGAAGCCAAUGCCAAAGAGGACCACUGGCGAGGACUCAAUGAGGCGGCUCUUAAAAACACGUAUCUGAAGGUGCAAGGCCUCAAGGAGGGUGUCAGCUACGUGUUCCGCGUCCGAGCCAUAAACCAGGCAGGUGUUGGGAAGCCGUCUGACCUGGCUGGGCCUGUUGUGGCAGAAACUCGUCCAGGAACCAAGGAGGUUGUCGUAAGUGUGGAUGAUGAUGGAAUCAUUUCCUUGAACUUUGAAUGCGAUCAGAUGGCUCCAAAUUCUGAGUUCACCUGGUCCAAAGAUUACGUACCCACGGAGGACUCGCCACGAUUAGAGGUGGAAAGCAAAGGCAACAAGACGAAAAUGACCUUCAAAGACCUUGGGGUAGAAGACUUGGGCAUUUACUCCUGCGAUGUGACGGAAACUGAUGGGAUAGCGGCAAGCUACUUGAUAGAUGAGGAAGAAUUGAAGCGUCUACUUGCUCUCAGCCAAGAACACAAGUUCCCAACUGUCCCAAUUAAAUCAGAGUUAGCAGUUGAAAUUUUGGAGAAAGGCCAGGUCCGGUUUUGGAUGCAGGCUGAGAAGCUGUCUGGCAAUGCCAAAGUCAACUUCAUAUUUAAUGACAAGGAAAUAUUCGAAGGGCCGAAAUAUAAGAUGCAUAUUGACCGAAACACCGGCAUGAUUGAAAUGUUUAUGGAAAAGCUACAGGAUGAGGAUGAGGGGACAUAUACUUUCCAAGUUCAAGAUGGAAGAGCAACUGGCCAUUCCACUCUUGUUCUCAUUGGUGAUGUCUAUAAAAAGCUCCAGAAAGAAGCUGAAUUCCAGCGGCAAGAAUGGAUCAGGAAACAAGGUCCACAUUUCGCUGAGUAUUUGAGCUGGGAAGUGACUGGUGAAUGUAAUGUACUAUUGAAAUGCAAGGUGGCAAAUAUUAAGAAAGAGACUCAUAUUGUGUGGUACAAAGAUGAGAGGGAAAUAUCAGUGGAUGAAAAGCAUGACUUUAAGGAUGGUAUAUGUACCCUCCUUAUAACAGAGUUUUCCAAGAAAGAUGCUGGGAUCUAUGAAGUUAUCCUGAAGGACGACAGAGGAAAAGACAAGAGCAGACUGAAGCUCGUGGAUGAAGCCUUUAAAGAACUGAUGACUGAAGUAUGUAAAACAAUUGCUCUGUCUGCUACUGACCUGAAGAUACAGAGCACAGCUGAGGGCAUUCGGCUGUACUCUUUUGUCACUUACUAUGUGGAUGAUCUAAAAGUUAACUGGUCCCACAAUGGGGCCGCUAUUAAGUACACAGACAGAGUUAAGAGUGGGGUCACCGGGGAGCAGAUCUGGCUGCAGAUCAACGAACCCACUCCGAAUGACAAAGGGAAGUACGUGAUGGAGCUCUUUGAUGGCAAAACUGGACACCAGAAGAUGGUGGACCUUUCUGGACAAGCAUACGAGGAAGCCUUUGCUGAAUUCCAGAGAUUAAAACAAGCUGCCAUUGCCGAGAAAAAUCGUGCUCGGGUGGUGGGCGGUCUUCCCGACGUGGUCACCAUCCAGGAGGGCAAGGCGCUUAAUCUCACAUGCAUCGUAUGGGGCGACCCGACUCCGGAGGUGUCCUGGCUGAAGAACGAGAAGCUCCUGGCCUCGGACGAGCACUGCAACCUCAGGUUCGAGGCCGGCAAGACCGCCUACUUCACCAUCAGCGGGGUGAGGACCUCCGACUCGGGCAGGUAUGGGCUGGUCGUGAAGAACAAGUACGGCUCGGAGACCAGCGACUUCACCGUCAGUGUGUUCAUCCCAGAGGAGGAGGCGCGGCAGGGGGUCGAGGAGCCCCCAAAGGGCCACAAGGACAACAAGAAGUCCCCGUGAGCAGGGAAGGAGGUGGGGGAGGGGGCGGGCCGGGAGCUGCCUCGAGUUCGUGUCUCCGAGCUCCCUACUCCCUGUUUUUGUGCUGGCUUGGGGAGAAAUUGUCCAAUCUUUUAUGCAUAUAGGAAGGCAUCGACUAACAUUUUAAUCAUUUUUCUCUAUCUACAAAUUAUGUGUUAAGGAAAUAACGUUUGUAGCACAAAUACUAGGAAAGAGUUUUAAGGAAAAUGCCAGAAUAAAGUCAGAGGGACGUCGUAUGGUGGUCGGAGGCAUGUGUUGUGGAACAGAGUUUGGACUUGGCUGACUUGCACUGGUCGACUUUCCCGGUUGGCAAUGACGCGUCAGCAUCCGCUCGGGAGGAGACACGUUGUUAAGCCAGCCCCUGUGUGCGUGUGGUUCUGGGAGUGGUGUGCGCUCCGGGCGAGGCCUUGCGCUCUGGAACCUCUCGGUCCUAAUAAACAGUUCACCCCUCCUCUUCCCAUCA